CUUUCAAAUAACUUUUAUAUGAGCUCAACUUGAUUUUUAGCAGGAGGUAACAUUUAGAAAGAUCUUGACAGAUUUCAAGUCUAAAUCUGUUUCUUUAAAAAAGGUCUUUUUGCAGUUGUAUUUGUUUUUUACAUUUUUUAUUCUGAACUUUUGACAGAAUAUGAACAAAUUACGGAAGUUGUGGAAACUAUUUAGUUUACAUCAAAGAAUUCGAUAUGCACAUCACAAAUUGUCACAAGAUAUAUUUCAGAUAAGAGAUGAUGUUAGGGCAGCAGUUGCGAACAAACUUCCUGUUGUGGCGUUAGAAUCCACUAUUAUUACACAUGGAAUGCCAUAUCCUCAAAAUCUACAAACAGCCUUACAUGUGGAAAAAAUAAUAAGAGAUCAUGGUGUUGUGCCAGCAACAGUUGGAAUUAUUAAUGGAAAACUGAUUGUAGGUCUGAAUAAAAAUGAAAUAACUUUUCUAUCUCAAGCAACUUCAAGCUUUGUUAAAACUUCACGGCGAGACUUGGCUUACGUUUUGAGCAAGAAUCUAAGUGGAGGAACAACUGUGUCAGCAACAAUGAUUGCAUCACAAAUGGCAGGCAUUCCAAUUUUUGUGACAGGUGGAAUUGGAGGUGUCCAUCGUGGCGCAUCAGAAUCAUUUGACAUUAGUGCAGAUCUAACAGAACUUGGGAAAACACAAGUAGCAGUUGUGUGUGCUGGGAUUAAAUCAAUUUUAGAUAUUGGUCUUACUUUAGAAUAUUUAGAAACCCAAGGUGUUCCAGUGAUAACUUACAGUAAAACUAACUGGUUCCCAUCCUUCUUUACACCAAGAAGUAAAUUUAAGGCACCAUAUUGCAUGGAAACUACUGAAGAAAUUGCUCAGUGCAUUGAUCAACACUUGUCUCUUGACCUUCGCAAUGGAAUGGUAAUCGGUGUUCCAGUUCAGAAUUCUUUAGUGGGAGAAGAAAUUGAAGAUGCUGUACAACAUGCUCUACAAAUUACAAAGGAAAAUAAUGUUGCUGGUAAAGAUAUAACACCGUUUGUACUGGAUUACAUCUCCAAAACAACAAAGGGAAAAUCAUUGCAAGCUAAUAUUAAAUUGAUUGAACACAAUGCUGAAGUGGGUGCAAAGAUCGCAAAGGACUUAUCAAAAGUUCAAAAUAAACAUGGCAGAACAAAAAGUAAAAAGUUCACGUCAAUCAUUUCCAACAGCAAGCAAGUCAUAAACAAGCCUCGUGGUAAAAGACCGGUCAUCAUUGGUGGUUCAAUAUUUGAUAUAAAAGCCACAGCUCAGAAGAUCGAUUCAGUGGCGGAAGCUACGAACGCUGGAAAAUUAUCCUUGAGUUUUGGAGGCGUAGGGAGAAACGUAGCAGAAUGUUUGGCAAGACUUGAUACCAACCCUCUUUUAAUCAGCGCGGUUGGAAAUGACUACCAUGGUGAAAUGUUGCUUAGCAACUUGGAGAAAAUAAACAUGGAUACAGCUGGCAUCUUAAUAUCACACCAUCAUCCAACCGCCUCGUAUUCGGUCAUGGCGAAGAAUGAUGGCGAGUUGCUCAUGACAGUUGGCGAUAUGGACGUUCACGAAUCUAUUUCAUACCUUCAUGUAUUACGUCAUGAAGAAGAAAUUAAAAAUGCUGCGGUGGUUGUGUUAGAUGGAAAUAUUCCUGAAGAAACCCUAAAUUGUGCCAUAGAAAUGUGUAGGAGACAUGAUGUACCAGUUUGGUUUGAACCAACUGGAUUAGAAAAGGCUUCUAAACCGUUUCAUAGUUUGAACAAUGUCACCUAUGCUUCACCUAAUUUUGUUGAACUAAAGGCAAUACAUUCAGCUAUCACGAAAAGUAAAAACACGCAGCUUGAAAUAAAGGAAGAUUGGGAGUGGUAUCAAAUCAUUGAAGAAUGUUCGCGUUAUAUUGGAGGGUGUUUAAAAUGUAUAGAUAAUUUAGUGAUCACAUUAGGCAAACAUGGAGUAUUGAUUGUCAGGAAGAAUCAUCAAGAAUUGUUUCCUCUCCGAGCUUCCUCGCAUUCAAUGAGCUCGGACAGUAUGGGACCUAGCGUGACACACUAUAAAGCAGUUCGAGAAGACUUGCUACCUGUAUCUGUGAAAAGUGUCAGUGGAGCAGGUGAUAGUUUCGCCGGUGCCAUGUUGUAUGGUAUCAUGCAGCAAUACGAUGCCGACGUGUGUGUAAAAUCAGGUCUACUGGCCGCGUACAUGAGCUUGAAUACAUACACCGCUAUAUCUAAAGAAAUACGUCCAGAAGUGUUUACGGUUGAAAAUAUUACUAAAUGGGCGCCUUAUAAUCACGUCGUUAUUUGAAGCAUACAGAAUAUCAAUUUUUAGAGAUUUGUAAAUUUUAAAUUUUUUAUAAGAAUAUUAGUAUCUGUAAA